AAUGUCGUUUAAUUAAACAUAGAGUAUACAUAACACGUUUCUUGUGCGAAACAGAUCAUUUGCCUCAGGUGUUCAAUAUCCAAGGCACACAAUGGCGUGUAAAGUGCGGCUUGUGUUCAUCAUUUUAAUUUCGUUGUUUGGCGUUUGCUCGAUGAGUUCCUCCGACAAUGACUACUGUGUUGUUGGAGCUGGACCAGGAGGUCUACAGAUAGCGUAUUAUUUGGAAAAGGCUGGUCGGAAUUAUAUUGUGUUUGAACGGGGCAGCUCAGCCGGAACGUUUUACAAAACAUUCCCACGGCAUAGAAAGCUUAUCUCGAUCAAUAAAAGAUUCACAGGGCAAACAAACAAGGAAUUUAAUCUGAGACAUGAUUGGAACUCACUGAUAAGCGAUGACGAGACACUUCGUGUCACUCGAUAUUCAAAGGAGUUCUUUCCUCCCGCAGAUGUUCUGGUUCAAUACUUGAACGAUUACGCCACCAAACUAAACCUCAGUAUCUCGUACAACACGAAUAUCCUAAACAUAUCCAAGGAUGCCUACAACGACGUUUUCAUUCUCAAAGACCAGAAUGGCAAAGCGUACAAAUGCAGUGACUUAAUAAUCAGUACCGGGAUGUCCACAGAGGUGUUACCUUCGUUUAAAGGAUCUGAAUUUGUCGAGUCAUAUGGGAAAAUGCCUUUGGACCCCGAGGAUUAUGAAGGACAGAGCGUUUUAAUUCUUGGCAGAGGAAAUUCAGCUUUUGAAACAGCUGAUCAUAUCAUCAGAUCUACAAACCUAAUUCACAUGGUUGGCAGAUCACGAGUGCGCUUGGCCUGGGCAACUCAUUACGUCGGAGACUUGAGAGCAGUCAACAAUGGGUUGUUGGACACUUAUCAACUCAAAUCUUUGGAUGGUUUAGUGGAGGCAUCAAUCAACACUCAAAUUGCUAUCGUCAAACACAAUGGUAAAUAUUAUGUGGACGCCUUCGGUGGAACGGGGAAAAUGCUCAACCAAACUGGAGUAGGACCUGAUAAUUUUGCCAUUCGUGAUCCCUACGACCGGGUUCUUGGGUGUCUCGGUUUCAAGUUCGACUUCUCAAUCUUUGACGAGAGCGCCCAGCCCGGGCCCUGUGAGGGCAAAAAGAAGAAAUUUCCCGAAAUAAAAGGAAAUUUUGAAAGCAAACGAGUUCCACGAAUGUGGAUCGCUGGUGUAGCAUCGCACUCUCUGGACUGGCGAAAAUCUGCCGGUGGUUUCAUCCACGGUUAUCGUUACACUGCGAGGGCACUGCAUCGCAUCUUGGAGUCGAAAAACCACGGAGUGAAAUGGCGCCAUCAUGAAAUGCAUCACCUUGAUGUUUUAAAUAUGAUUGUUAAGAGAAUCAACGAAGCUUCCGCUCCGUAUCAGAUGUUUGGUGUUUUGGUCGAUGUCGUCAUUUAUCAGCCUGAUGGAAAAGCAUUGUACGUUGAGGAGUUCCCUCUUCAGUUGGUUUCUCAACUAGAGCGAUACACUGGUUUACCAGAGGGACCAAUAAUCGUUAUCAACCUUGAAUAUGGCAAAGGCUUUUCGGGUGCAGGAAAAGAUCCGUUCCGUGAGGACCGCGCCACAGGUGACCCAUCUGACGCCCAUAAUUCAAACUUCCUUCAUCCAGUAAUAUAUUUUUACCACAAACCACCUACAGAGUUGCUUAGUGGAUCGAGACUACCAAAGCCAGAUCGUAUCCAUCAUAUUGUCGAAGACUUCUUAACUAACUGGAUGGCUCCAAGUUCCCACAUAAUCCCAUUGAGACGUUUUCUGGAGAACGUCAGUAGAAAAGACCUAAGAAAUUUCUUUGCACAAAGCUGCUUCAAGCUUGCGAUGACUCAUUCAAGCGUGCCUCUGUCGUGUCAAGAUCAGUAUCUCAAAGGUUCAGGACUCCUGGGUGCCCAGAACUUGAUAUCCUUAGCACAGUCUAAGGAUCUUCUGACCUAAUUUCACCAAGUGCCAACCGAAGAAGAUCUCAAUUCGCACGUAUAGAACUUCAGAGUUUAUCGAAAUAUUUAUUUAAUGAACGGCAGAGAUAUGUAAUUUAUGUACACUAGCUUGCCUUUCUUUAAAAAUCGCGAAGUAA